GGCCCAGGCCCAGGGCUGCUCCUCCUCCAGAAUCUAGAGACUAGAGCUAGGUAUCCACUUCCUCCACUUCCCAAAAGCCCAAAUACCAGGGCGCCUGUGCAGCUGGAUCCACCUAGGUUCGUCACAUAGGUAUAUACCGGUAUGAUAAGGUUUGCAGCGGCCAGUUCUUGAGGCUUGUCUUGCUAGCUCGUUCUCUGAGCUGGUGCUGUCCAAAUCCGUUUGCUCCUUCCGAACUCUUUGAGGAUCUUCUAGUAUCUCCAGGCUUAAUGGACACUAGCGGGCUUGGGGGCGGAGCGCCAAGUUUCGAGCUCCAGCAAUUCCUUGAGCAAGAGAAGCAGAAAGCGAUGGUGAAUGAGCUGGUGGCAAAGCUGACGGACUCGUGUUGGGAGAAGUGCAUGGGCACACCCGGCAGCAAACUCAGCUCGGGGGAGACGGCUUGCUUCUCAAACUGCGCACAGCGAUUCCUUGAAACGAGUCAGCUAAUAUUGCAAAAGUUUGAACGGAUGCAACAAGGUUGAGGAAACUGCAGUUUUCACGACAAAGAAGUACACAGGGAAGUAAUCCUGUGGGAAUUGGCUGGAAGUAGGGGCAGCAUUUUUCGUUUAAGAUUCCAGACCUAUCCAUUCUUCAGCUUUGCAGAGUGAGAGACAAUAACGACAAGGGGUGUCGGUUCGUUAGGAAGCAGCACAAAUCCAGUCUUCGAUGACAACAGUUGCUAGUACUCGCGUGAUCAACCAGUGGUGUCAACGGAUGUGCUAGUUUGGCACAUAUUCAGUGCAGGCCCAUUGGAAGGACAGUCUCGAAGGGUUGCGAAAGGGAAAUCGUACACAAUUUUUGAGGAUACUCAUUAUUGGUCGCAUGCAGCUGCCCAUGCCAUCUUAAGUAGCCUGCGGUGAGUCUCACUGAGCAGCCAGCGUGUCGCGAAAACCAUAACAACAAUAGCGCGCAAGCCAUGGGAACAAGCGC